ACCAAAUUCCGGACAGGUUCUCCUGAAGCUCGCAAGUCGGCUAAAAUUCGAGAAUCAUCUAUUCAUCGUCUAACUCUAAUCCGCAUGCUUUCCCUCCUCCAUUCGUGUGUUGCUCAGAGAAGAACAAAGAAUAAAAAGGCCCGAGUGUGAACGGUUCUUUACUAAUACGUAUUAGUCAAAGAAACAUAAGAUAAGAUAUGGGUCGUUUAGCAGAGUCGAAGUUGGUGCAAGAGUUGGUUCUGUAUGCAGCAAGCGCAGCACUGAGCUGCUUGGUCUUGUUCGUGGGCCUCCGACAGCUCGACCCGAAUCGCGAGGCUUCGAAAAAGGCCUUUCAGCACAAAAAAGAGAUUGCCAAGCGCCUCGGUCGUCCUCUAGUUCAGACAAACCCUUAUGAGGAUGUCAUAGCAUGCGAUGUUAUCAAUCCUGACAACAUUGAUGUGGAGUUUAACUCUAUUGGGGGACUGGAAACUAUUAAGCUAGCUCUGUUUGAGCUUGUUAUUCUGCCUUUAAAAAGACCUGACUUGUUUUCUCAUGGUAAGCUUCUUGGGCCACAAAAGGGUGUCCUCUUGUAUGGACCACCUGGCACAGGGAAGACCAUGCUUGCCAAAGCUAUUGCUAAGGAGUCUGGAGCAGUUUUCAUUAAUGUCAGGAUAUCAAACCUGAUGAGCAAGUGGUUUGGAGAUGCCCAGAAACUCGUGACUGCCAUAUUUAGCCUAGCUCAUAAGCUCCAGCCUGCCAUCAUAUUCAUUGAUGAAGUUGACAGCUUUUUGGGUCAGCGUCGUACAACAGAUCAUGAGGCUUUGUUAAACAUGAAAACUGAAUUCAUGGCUUUAUGGGAUGGCUUUACUACUGAUCAGAAUGCUCAAGUUAUGGUCCUUGCUGCAACUAAUCGUCCUUCAGAACUUGAUGAAGCAAUACUUCGACGUCUUCCUCAAGCAUUUGAAAUUGGUAUUCCAGACCAAAGAGAGAGGGCUGACAUAUUGAAGGUUAUCUUGAAGGGUGAGAGGGUUGAAGAAAACAUUGACUUUGACCAUAUAGCUUACUUAUGUGAAGGUUACACUGGUUCGGAUCUAUUUGACCUCUGCAAGAAAGCUGCCUAUUUUCCAAUUAGAGAACUGCUGGACGAAGAGAAGAAAGGGAGAAGUUUUUCUGCUCCCAGACCAUUGUCCCAGUUAGACUUGGAGAAGGUCCUUGCCACUUCCCGGAAGACUACCGUUGCUGCAUUUGAAUACAAUGGAUUGAGUGCAGAUGCUCUAAGAUGGUCAGGGCAGGGGGAACAAGAUGAUUAUCAGGUUCAAGCUGCAAUAAAUGAACUCAAGUUUGUGGUUUCUCACAUGAUUAACCGCCAGCCAGAUGCCAAAGAUCUUUAAAAUGCUAUCUUUCAUAGUUUCUUUAGACCAUUCUUUUACAGUCGUCUAGCUUAGUCCGUCUUGUAAAGGCACCGAUCUCAUAGUUAUACACUUGUAUACUAAUGCUACAACAUUUGUUAUGAAGCAUCAUAUUUUAAGGUUGGUGAGUUUUUUUUUUUUUUACUCUUUGAUGCAAUAUGAUCAUUUGUGGAUCAGCAUUUAAUAUUCCUUUUAAGAAAAAUUUUGUUGA